UUUGGUCUCGUGGUCAUUAGUGUUGUUGAUCUUUGUUUGGAGGAGGCUGGGGCUGUAGCUAACUUGUACAGCUUAUUGCUUUUACUAGGAUAGUCAUUCUAGUGGUAGGGUGCAGCACAUCAUGACUGGAAAAUCAGAGUUUCCAGAGAUUUUACCGCCACCCCCAAGCCCAGGAUGUGCCUUGCUUGGCCCCAUAAACUUUUCCAUAUCGCUGGAAAAAUGCCCAAGCUCCAAUAGUACCUCAAACUGUACCUGUGAUAUUUAUAGUAUGACAAGCUGUAGUAUUGGCUGCACCUCCAGUAAAUACACUACUGACCAGUGGCUCUACAGCUCCAGCAGUACAUGUUCCUCUGUGUCUGGAACGCACUCAGAUUUUUUAGGCUUUGAUGACUAUGCGCCUGUGAUAGCUGCUAAACGAGACUCAGGAGACAUUUAUCCAUUCAAGGAGGUAAUGGAUGGGAAGGAAGUCGUCACAAUAACCACCUCCAACACUGCCCACACUACGAGUACGCUCUCGCUUUCAACGCCUACAUCCAUACCUCACUUUUCCACCCCCUACCAUAGCAUGCAGACAGUAUCAUCUUCCAGGAGUCUCAGUGAAGUGCAGUUUGCCCCAUACACACCAAAACCUCCAGACUAUGCUCAAGCUUCAAGUUCUAGUGUGGCUACUCUCUUGGUUUCCACGCCAGUGUCUGUGCCACACUUUCCUGACCCCUACCAAGGCAUACAGGAUGCUUCAUCUUCCAGGAGCCUCAGUGAAGGACAGUUUCAAUACACACCCAAGUCUGUGUAUAGUCAAGCCUCUAGUACAAGUGCAGCUACAAAAUCCUCGCUUCUGACAAACUUCACUCCCUACCAAGGCAUGCCAUCAGUAUCAUCUUCCAUGAAUUUCAGUGAACACCAGUUUCAAUACACACCCAAGCCUGAGCAUAGCCAAGCCUCCAGUACAAGUGCACCUUCAGAAACGACCUUGCUGCCACAGUUUUCCACUCCCUAUCAAGGCAUGCAGACCACACCAUCCUCCAGGAGCCUGAGUGAAGAGCAGCUUACGCCCUACACACCUAAGCAUGAGUAUAGUAAAGCCUCAAGUGCAAGUUUAGCUACGGAAACAACCUUGCUGCCACAGUUUUCCACUCCCUACGAAGGCAUUCAGAAUACAUCAUCUCGGAGCCUCAGUGAAGAGCAGAUCACACACUACACACCUAAGCAUGAGUAUAGUCAAGCCUCUAGUACAAAUGUAGCCACGGAAUCAUCCUUAAUGACACCUGAAGCCUUCUUGUCUGAGUCCCCAUAUACUGUUAGCAGCCAACACAACAUUCCAGAUGACCUCAGCACCUCAGCCUUGUUAAAUAGCGGUAAUAUGUAUGAGAAAUCCGACACCAACGGACAAACGGGUACAUGGGGAUCCAGUACCAGGCAGGAAGUUCUGAAACCAACCCCAAAGACACCACAAGGGAUUAGCAAAGUCUCUGGCUCCAAAGACUACGUGAACCAACUUGGGGUGUUGAAAUCGGCGAGGAAGUUCACGAGUUUUCAAGACAGCGAGAACGUGAGUGAGAGUGCGUCGUAUGGGCAGGAACUUGAGAUGCUGUGUAAUAUGGAAGAUGCAGAACAGGACUUGAAGAGCAUGGAGGAGGAGGAGCAGAAGGAGGUUGAGAGACAGUCACGGCAGAAGCUCUCCCUCUACGAUGUGGGACGCCUGCCACCAAUAGGAGUCUUCUGGGACAUUGAGAAUUGCCAGGUUCCGAAAGGUCUGUCCGCCACGCAUGUUGUCCAAGCCAUCCGGACGAGGUUCUUCAGUGACCAGCGAGAGGUGGAGUUCAUGUGUGUGUGUGAUACCCUCAAGGAGAACCCCAUCAUACUGGAGGAGCUCAAUGAUGCUCAGGUUAAUGUUAUACACGUCGGAAGCACUGUCAAGAACGCCGCCGAUGACAAGCUCCUACAGAGUAUGCGUCGCUUUGCUGACAUCCACGGCCCCGGCGCCACCAUCAUCCUCAUCUCAGGCGACUCAAACUUUGCUACGGAGCUCUAUGACUUAAGAUACAGAAAGAAUCUCCGAGUGAUACUUGUCCACAACGCCCAUGCUCAAGACUCCCUGAAGCUCUCUGCCCACGAAACGGCCCUGUUCUCCGAGGUCACUCAGGAACUACCUCAGCGCGCCGUCAAGCCAAAGACGAGCUUCCUGCGCAAAGACAUACUGGUACGGAACUUGCCGAAGGGGAUAGAGGAGUCAGCCGUGCGUCGCCGUCUCAACAUUCUGUCGGCUAACUGUGGUGGCAAGGUUGGCCGCGUGUCAUCUUACUGUGCCACCAUAUCCUUCCAGACACCUGAGCUGGCCACACGUUACUAUCCAUAUGGCCUUGUUUGGAGUAUGGAUCUCAUGUGUGGGGGGACACCUAACACACCCCUCAAGGCUCUUCAUCUCAUCAGCUCUCCUCCUCUUACAGACAGUCUUCUAUCUCUUAAAACCCAUUGUAAUGUUGCCUCUCUUACUAUGUCUAUGCUCAUCUGUUUCAUCCUAAUCCCUUAUGCAAGAGAGUUAACCAGCAUCUUCAUUCUUCCAUUCCUUCUGCUGGUAAAUUCUAGAACAGCCUCCCCCAUCUGUAUUUCCUCCUGCCUAUGACUUGACCUUUUUCCAGAGAGCUUAUCAGAACACCUCCAAAUGAUUCUGAUUCUCUCUUUUGGAGUUCUUUUACUCUGUACUAACUGCAGACUUUUUUAUUCCCUUUUUAUUCUGCCCUUGAGCUGCCUCCUUUUCUGUAACAAAAAUAAACUGC